UCUCACACACCCAUCACAAGCCAGUCGAACUUUGAAGGAAACUACAAGAAGAUCCUUCAUCAUGCAGUGCCCGCAGUCUCCGGUGCGAAUCCUGUCGGAGGAGCAGUUCUCCUGCUCCAUCUGUCUGGAGGUCUUCGUCGAGCCCGUCUCCACUCCCUGCGGCCACACUUUCUGUAAGGCCUGUCUGCAGGGCUUCUGGAAUCACAGCAAGAAGUUCAUCUGUCCCAUGUGCAAGAAAGCCUUCUCCAGAAAACCAGAGCUCAGCGUCAACUGCGUGCUAGCCGAGAUCGCUGAACAGUUCCAGGGUCUGUCGACGAUGUCCUCGGUUCCUGAGUUCGUGAAUUCCCCACAGAAAGAUGACGACUGGGGAGACUUCGCUAAAGCGGGAGACGUGCCCUGCGACGCCUGCAUCGGCCGGAAGAUGAAGGCUAUGAAGUCGUGUCUGAGCUGCCCGGGUUCGUUUUGCGAAGCUCACCUGCGGCACCAUAAGAAGGGGAAGGCGAUGGGCUCGCACAAGCUGGUGGAGCCCAUACACAACCUGGAAGACAAGAUGUGCAAGACACACAAGCGCCUCCUGGACGCCUACUGCCGAAACGAACAUGUGUGCGUGUGCAAGGAGUGCACAGGGUCCUCGCAUAAAGGCCACGAUGUUGUCUCCACCGAACGAGAGUGGAAGAAAAAAACGAGUCAGCUGGGAAAGAAAAGGUCAGAACUGAAACAUCUAAUCAAGGAGCGAGAAAAGAAACUGGAGGAGAUCAAGCAGUCCAUCAAAGUGCUCAAAGACAGCAGUCAGAGGGAGGUCGAGGAGAGCUGGGCGGUUUACGCGGAGCUGCAGCGGCUGCUGGAACAGUCUCAGGCCGAGCUGCUGGAGCUCAUCACGACGCGGCAGAAACAAGCGGAGCAGCAGGCCAAAGAUCUGUCCAGCGGCCUGGAGCACGAGCUCAACACACUGAGGAAGAGGAGCAGCGAGCUGGACACACUCGCUCAGACACAGGACAGGGUGCUCUUUCUACAGUUCCUGCCAUCUCUUCCUCCUCCACCAGAGCCAUCUGAUUGGUCAUCUGUGUCCAUGAACACGGAUCUGUACCUCAGCACUAUCAGGAAGUCAAACGGCUUUAUGGGAAAGGUGAAGAAGCAUUUUCCUGCUCUUUCCAAUUCCUUCUACGACGUGAAGACAUGCUCUCAUCUCUACACGUUCACCGAUGCAUUCACUGAGAGUGUCUACCCUAUUUUCAGCCCUUGCAUCAACCAGGAUGGAAAGAACCCCGGAGCGUUGGUCAUCACUGCCGUUAAACACAGCUGAGACGGCAAACUCACUCUGAUGCACGAAUUUCUUUCUAAAUGGGCUUUCUAAAUGGAUUCUGGACAAAUAAAACACUUUUUAUAAGAGUUAUCUCUGUAAAUCCUAAAACACAGUAUGGGAACCAGCAUGCAUCUAGUGUAAGAAGACUAUAUGCUACUUUGAAGGAUGCAGACAGUUCAAAAUACAUAUACACUACUGUUAAAAUGUUUGGGGUCAGUAAGAAAGAAAUGAAGUCUU